UUUUUGGAAGUUGAGCACGACUGAAACCGACUGUUUUUUGCACAGUUUCCGGUUUUUAUUGAGCAGCAGUGAAGCUGCAUGUGUCCUGCAGUAUAUGAGAGUCAAACUGAGCAGGAAAUUAAAUGUAUUUGUCCAGUUUAGUCUGUUAUAAAUACAAUAAAGUCAACUUACAGUACAGUACAGUACAAUUCCACACACAGACCUACAUAAUGCAUGCACCCAACACACUGUAAACUACUAUAAAGGGGGGAAAUAAGCCUGAAACGUUAUAUUAGCAGUAGAAAUGUCACUAUUAUUUUAUUUUUUACUAUAAAUGAGCUGUAAACUAUAAUGGGCGUGGCACAGCACAGGUAGGAGGAGGACAGCUCAAACAGGAAGCUGAGACAGGUAGGCUGUUCUUUCCUCUCGGCAUAAACAAAAACUGAGAUUGCGUACGGAGUCAAAAAGGCAGAGGAAAAUGCCACAGAGGGGGAGACACCACCACCAGGGGAGUGAUGUGUACGAUCGGGACAGGGACCGGGACAGGGACCGGGACCGGGACCGGGACAGGGACCGGGACAAGGAUCGGGACAGGGACAGGGACAGGGACUACUCACACAAUGGAGACCAGCAGUCAUACGAUGGCAGAGGUCGCCACCAAAAGCCGAGAGAUGUGGACGAGAGAGGCCCUGCUGGUGACAGGAGGGCCAAACAAAACAGACAGAGGGACGUGACAACUGCCACUCAUGAGGAACCUGCGUACAGAGACCACGAAGGACCCUCAAGACUGUCCAGAGACGCGUCAGUGUAUGAGCCUGCAGGGGAGUAUUACGAGCAAGAACACAGACAAGCUCUGUACAAUCUCAGAUACGUCUUAACCAGCAGAGGUCUCUGCCAACUUAUGGAGGUGUUUGUGAAUCUGCUUCUCGUCAUCUGUGCCGGAGUGCCGCACAGCAACAACGGGGGCUACCGUGACCUGGCCAGCCUCGGUGGAAUCUACUACUAUCACUUUGGUGGAGCCAACGCCUUCGAGGGAGCCGACGCAGACAGGGUGAAGGAGCUGGAUCGGCUGUUCCAUGAGCUCAAGCGCCCCCCGUACGUCUUCACCAUGGCCUGCGGUGGGGUCUUAAUGAUCUACGCCUGUGUCAUGCUUGCCCUGGGGAUUUUCAGGGUGCCUUACCGCUGGCCCCCCGUGCUGCUGGGGGAGGCUCUGGUGAAUUUCCUGAUCGGCCUGGGCUACAUCCCCGCACUGGCCUUCUUCUUUAUUAAGCUGAAGGAGACCUACAACAACCCCAUUUGUACGGAGAGAGAGCAGAUGUACAAGAGCAAAGGGCACAAGGGCUUUGAGUGCCAGUUCCACGGUGCAGAUAUAGCGGCAGGUCUCUUUGCGGUGCUGGGGGUGUUUGUUUUCAUCUUUGGCGCGGUGUUAGCUGUCAGAGCUUUCAAGUCAGUACGGGAGCUGAAGACAAACCGGACAAAUGAAGACAAUAAUUUGUAAGACUUUUCUCCUUGGCAUGUCUGAACAAAAGUGGGAUUGAUUAGAAAUCCCUGCGACGUUUUUCUUUUUUGUUACAUCAGGUGUUAUUGUGUAUUCACUCAGAAUCAGCUUUUUAUCCACUUUUUAUACAUUGAAGGAUUUAUUUUAUUUUAUUUUUUAGAAUACUUUUUUACUCUUACUACUUCUCCAGUUUACAUACCUGUGUACUGUGUCUGUUACAUCUACUAUAAAGCUAUAAUAAACAACUCAAAUGGUGUAAUAUUAUUA